CUCUACCGGUCAAGUCCUCAGUUAACACCGACUUUUAAUAUCUGUUAGAUAUAUUACUAAUAUAGGUCUAGAGCUCCAGCACGUCUUGCGGAAUAGUGUUUCGGCAUAUCACUUAAAAGAAAAACAUGAAGCUAUUUGUUCCGACUGUCCUCCUGCUGUUGGUCUCGAUGUCGUUGCUGGCCGUCAUUUCGGCAGCAGCUGGCGAUUUAGCCCAGCAACACAUUGACGAUCCUUCAACGGCCCUCGACAUGGAGCCCAGUGAAUCCAAGGUGAAGAUCUACAAUGGGUUUGGCUACGGCUAUGGCGGUUACGCAUUGCCACUUGCUCGAAGAUAUUACCCGUUUGCCGGAGCAACUGUACUAGUGGGAUACCCUUUACUUACGGGCUAUGGCGGUUACUAUGGUUACGGUGGCUACGGUGGCUACGGUGGAGUGAUUCCCUAUCCGCUGGGCUACAGCUAUGGCCGAUAAAUCAGCCCAACCAAAAAUGUACCUUACAACAUUGAUCCUAUUAGCUGAAAUUAUAUGACUAUAACUAAUCACAAAUGUCUUUGGCAAACUCAACUUGUACGUUAACGCUCAACGCCAAUACAAUUAUAAACGUCUUUAACUAAA